CAGCACAACAAGUGUUACAAUUUUCGAAAUAUGAUAACAUAUCAAAAGCGAUUAACAAUUCGAAUCUCAAUCAGUACAUGUUAACAAGGAAAACAAAACAAUGACAUUGUGGUACAUAAGGAAGUUAUACAAUAAAGUAGCGAAGAAAAUACGUUUUAACAGAUUUCUUGAACUUCAAGCUUGAUUUCGAGGUUUGUAAUUGUUCCACGAUUGCGGGAUUAUUGUUUAGUAAGGUUGAUAUUUGAAAGUGUAAUGCCUGUUUCCCGUAGUUCGUGCGAGUAAGCGGUACAGAGAUUGGGUCAUGUCUGAGAUUAUACGGAGUUUCUUUGGUGGCGAAGGUCUGAUUAAAUUGUAUGUGAUCAGCUUGACGGAGACGGAACGCCUCGAGCGAUAGUUUAUGCAAAAAUAGGCGAUCUAUAUGGAGUAUGCCAAGCUUAUCAAAAAACGGUUUAGUGUGUGCAAGAACAGGUAGGUUACAAACUGCCCUUACGGCUCUUUUUUGCAGCCUAUAUAGUAACAUAAGGUUAGUUUUGGUAGUAGUUCCCCAGACCAGAAGGGAAUAGUGUAGACGAGAGUGAAUUAGUGCGUAAUAUAGCUGUUUCUUUAAAUUCAUUGGAAUAAGAUGCUUUAACAUGUUAAUCAUUCCCGUCGCUCUACGAAUGUCGGCUCUGAGGUUCUCCACAUGAAUGGACCAAUACAGGUUUUCGUUAAACCAUACGCCUAAAAAUUUACGCACUUCGUAUUUUCUAUAAUGCGCCCCCCAAAAUUUAACUCGUAAUGACCCAUCAGCUGCUUUCCUUUAGGUCUAAAUAUGACGUACUUUGUUUUUUCGCAGUUCAGUUGUAUUUUAUUUGAAUUUAGCCAACAGUUGAGGUCCCCCAUCCAUCUAUUGGCUGCGGUAAAUGCUUCUUGAAUGUUGUGAUCAGAGAAGAAAACGCUGGUGUCAUCUGCAUACAAAGUUAUGCACUGUGUGUUUGGGAUGUUAACAAUAUCAUUGAUAUAGAGAAGAAACAAAGUUGGGCCUAGAAUUGAGCCCUGAGGAACACCGCAGUUUAAAUCAAGAAGUUGGGACUUAGCAUCAUUUAGGCAAACAAACUGCUUACGGGAGCUGAGAUAGUUCUUGAUUAAAGUAUAUGCUACACCUCUUAUGCCAUACCAGGGUAACUUUCGGAGCAAAAUAUCGUGAUUAAUUGAGUCAAAAGCCUUUCGGAAAUCCAAAAAUACUCCAAUAGUGUAAGUCUGUUUUUCAAAGUUCUUAAUUAAGUGGUCUUUCGCAUGCAAAAGCGCUUGCUCAGUAGACUUUUGUUUCUGAAACCCGAAUUGUGCUGGUACUAUUGCUUUGUUUUUUGUCAAGUGCCCAACUAUUCUUUUAUUUGAAAUGCGUUCAGGGAUUUUAGAAAAGAUAGGAAGAACUGAAAUGGGUCUGAAAUUAUUGAGGUUAUCUAACGCACCCCCCUUAUGCAGUGCCACUACUCUCGCAAUUUUCAUGAGCACGGGAAAUUCACCACUCGAUAAGACGAGGUUCCAGAUAUGCGAAAGCGGGUGACAUAUAACUUGCGCUACACUCUUUAUAGGCUUUGUACUUAUUUCGUCCGCUCCGCAUGCGCAGUUAUUCUUUAGUGUAGAUAUGACGUCUGCUAUCUCGGCUGGGCUUGUUGGGUACAGGAAUAUGGUGGGCAUAUCAGAACAUCCUUUGUAUGCUUCACAUCGGCCUACAGGAGCAUCGCUACACUGCGCAGCAGAAACCUGGAAAUUCGAGUUAAAUUUGUUGGCUAGGCAUUUCCCUGAUAAUGGUAUCCCGUCGAUAACUGUUGACUGAGGACAGUACACUUUUUUGCCCGUCAUUAAUUCUCGAAAUGUUCUCCAAAGCAGUGAAGGAUUGUUUGCAGCCGCAGUAAACUUAUUCUGAUAGUACUCACGUUUAGCCUUCUUCAUUUUAGAGUUUGUUUUAUUUCGAAGCUGCUUGUAAGCUUGCAGGACGUGUGGAUCUUUCGAUUUAUUGAAUGUUUCAAAUAACUUUUUACGGCGUUCAAUUUCUUUAUAUAGUUCAUAGGAGACCCAAGGCUUUCUAAUUUUUCGGUGUGUUUUGCGCAUUUCUAGUGGGGAACAAGUGUCAUAAAUUUUUUUAAAGAAUGCUAUAAACUUACUGUAAGCCUGGUCAACAUUUUUUUCUCUCUCUAUUACACUCCAAUCGGUGUUAGUCACAAGCUCUUGGAACUUCGUAAUGUUAUUGUCACUUAUUUUUCUACUUGCUCUGGCUUCUUUCCCAUUCUGCGAAACACUAUGAUGAUUGGAGCGCGGUAUAAUGCAAAAGAUUGGUAAGUGGUCACUGAUGCCGCUAGAUAUUAUGCCCGAGACCAUUUCAUCGCUUAAAUGGUUCGUUAUACACAAGUCUAACACUGUACUUGUUUCAGCAUUAAUUCUUGUUGGCGCUUCGAUUAAAUUCCGACAACCAUAAGAGUGAAUAACAUCUAGUAGAUCACAUUUAUGAGAGUUCUCAAGAAGGAGGUCAAUAUUAAAGUCACCAGUGAGUAACACGGGCACUUUCAACAACAAGCUGUGCUCCAGGAUCUUUUCAACAGUUUGCAAAAAAAUAUUCACACUACCUGCAGGUGGACGAUACAGGACAGCAAGAAAUAGGCCGCCACACUCAACCACAAGUGAUUCGCAAUCAUCGUUAACCAUACUGUACUCUUUUAACUCGUUGUACAAUACGUCAUUGCGAAAAUAGAAUGCAACGCCACCACCUCUUCGUUUACAUCGCGAAAUAGACACACAGCUGUAACCUUCAAGUUCGGGAAUAAAAUCAUUAGAACUGAAUCAGGUUUCUGUAAAAGCCAAGACAUUGAAACUAUAAUGCAGAGAGUCAAGAAGCAUGUUAACUUCGUCAAAUUUGUUCCUGAGGCUUCUAGCGCUCAUGUGAAAAACUGAGAAGCAUUGCCUGUUAUGAACAUAGUUGCCCACAUCUACUCGGAACGUUGCUUGACUAUAGUAUUGGUUGUCUCUUUGGCUAAGUAGCUCUGCCAUUUUAUAUCAGUGUUACUGACAUUGUCAGCUUCUAUUCUAUCUUGGACAAGUCAUCUUCUGAUUGAAUUCUGAUUGCGCAAUCCCCAUGACGUUUCCUGACAAACAGCUUUCCUUCCUUUAUCCAUGUAAACAUGUAAUCCUUUUCAGUUGCCUUUGCUUUCAUUAGUCAAAAUAGUCUCUUGUUCGUAGCUGUAAGGUUCUCACGCAAACCCACAGUUGAUUUCUUCUCCCGCAAGACAGCUCUCUUUUUGAGCUAUUCUUUAGUAGUUCGAGACUGAAAAAUCAGUAGUAUCGGCUGUGUUUUUCCUUGUUUCGCUGGAAGUCUAUGAACAGCAUCGAGUUCCCUUGUAGUUACAGGCUGCAGACCGAGUUCAAUAGCAAGGAUGUUAACCUUGCUGAGCAAGUCCUCAUUCUCGGUAAACCUUAUGCCGUGUAUUUCCAUGUUGUGUCGUCGUCCAUACUGCUCAAGUUGAUUAAGGUCACUUUUGAGUUUUUUUGUUUCUUCACAGUCCCCUGACGCUUCAAUGGCGGCAACUCUUUUCUCUAACGUGCCAAUUUUGUUUUCCUGAGCUGUCAUUUUAUCCAGUAGCGUAUCAUACUUCUCGGAAACAAGUGUCACCAAGGACUCGAUGCCGUCCACAGCUAGCCUUCAGAUUCAGUAACAACUCUACGUUUUUCUUUAUUACGUUUACUUCAAGCAGCUUUUGAUUUAUGGCAGCUAGCUCAUUGAACACAUCAGUCAUAGAGCGUGCAUCUGCUGAGCUGUCAAGAUCAAUCGUUGCUGUAGGUUUGCAGGCUUCACAGUUCCACUUUUUUUUUCCUUUUUUCGAGCCAUGGUUAUUUCGUCCUCCCCCGAACAACUUCCUAAGUGGUACCUGCAACCACAGCUCACGCAUAAAAUGGAAGGUGUAUCGUCGAGAAAUGUUAGGCUACAUGAAGCACACUGAGCAGUAUCGGCCAUUGCAGAAAAUUUGUACACAUGCAACAAGGACACUCGCUGCAGCAGCAGCAGCAGGCGGCAAUAUCAAGUAGCGGCGGAGGAGGCUCAAGUUGUGGUGUAUACUGACCUGCGUUUGCAGAAAGAAUUCCCCGGUUAGGAAUGCAGCCACAGGACUAGCGCCACGCUGCUGCUGCCGCAGAGUGCAAAUGCAGUUGGUCUUCAGUCGACGUGGCUUUAUAUACUGGUUCCCGGCAGCUGCCUGAUUUAUUUAGCACUUGUAAUUUUCUUCGAGUAUCUCAGAGCCUUUUCACAUGAGCAGCAAUUCAAGACACGAUUCGCGAUGUGUAGAAGAAGGCAGAGAGGUCGGCAACGAUAAUGGCUUCGAAGACUAAGGAUGACUGCACUCGACAUACCUGGGAUUGAAAUUUCAAAGCUUUUCGUUAUUAAGUUCUGCUUGCGACUGGCGUACCUGCUAUUGGUAUAUUCACCAUCUUGGUUUGCUGGCAUUUGCUUUUUUUUCUUUCUCUUAACGUAGGAACAUUUUAGCGUGGGAGAGUUUCGUGAAGACGUGCCCUGGUCUUUAGAUUGGAGUCAGGCGAGUUGCUUUGUAGUUUCGUAUGCUGGCUUUCAUGUGAUGACCACAUCGGUUGGAUGCAUCGGUUGGGUAUGAGCCAUUGCUGACAAAGAAGUGCUCAUAUCGGCUCCGUCAUUAAUGCCCGCUUUCGCAGUGCUAAUUAGUUUGGAUCCCGAAGAUUGUUUUACCACUGUGAUCGUGAAGGUAUCCGCUAUCCUCCGACACCCGACUUUCCACCAAAGGUUUCCCAAAUGCGCGUGCAAGUAGAGGGAGAAGAAAUUAUGCCCAGGGAAUUUCAUCGCACGCCCGGAUGGCUGCACAACGGUGGGAACACGAGCCGAACACGCCUGCAUGCAACGCAGGGUGAGUAGAAUUCUCGUACCGAUACUCCGAGCUCUCAGCAGAAGACUAAAUUCCACAAGAACGUCAGGACCGCAGUUAUUCGGGCGGCUCGCAUGCCCGCAAUGCCAGCGGAAGAAAUUAAGAUCGUCGUGCGGCCGCGCGGAGGGCUCGAUAUUUCCAAGGCGGGAGCUGCAUGCAUGGCUACUGCCAUCAUGGCGGCAGCGGGAAUUGAGAAGGCAGAUCGAGCUGAGGAUAUGGCGUGUCCCAAUAUCCAUCAGAACAUUAUGGUGCUCAGCACUCCGUGUGAGGAGCGAGCGAAGAAGUAUGCUCGAAUACAAGCUAUCAACGUCCAAGGCAAUAUAUACGAAGUGAGCGCUUACGGAACGAUGUCCCACGACACAGUCAAGGGCGUGAUCAGGGGCAUAGCGCUUGAGGACAGCGAAGCCGCAAUAAUGCAGGAGAUCGUUACAAAGUACAACCCCCUCGCCGUGGGAGCGAAGCGUAUCGGGAACACGACUACAAUAAUUGUUGUGUUCAACGAUACCAAGGUUCCCAAGUAUGUGCGUUAGGGAUCCACGCUCUAUCCAUGCACUCUUACAGGAAGCAAAUAGAAGUGUGCAAAGUAUGCGGGAAGGUCGGCCACAGGCGCGACGUGUGCCCCACACCAAACGUACGUGUUUGUCUUUCAUGCGGUGUUUCUAAUCCCAGAGAGGGCCACAAGUGUGUCCCCAAGUGCAAGCUCUGUGGCGAAGAACACCCCACUGGAGACCACCUCUGCAGAGCCAAAUACAAGGUUCCGUACGUCGUGCGGCGACGGCGAUGGGAACGCCGUAACGCCGAAGAACAGCGAAAGCAAGCACUCGAGUCAAGCGCCUUUCCACGCCUGGGACGCUCCCACUCGCGCAGCGCUUCCCGUGGCGGAUCCCGCAGCGCGUCGCUCCAUGCCUCACGCCACGCAUCACGUUACGCUUCCCGUCAUGCCUCGCGUAGCGCAUCCCGCGGCCGUGACUCGUCGGACAGGAACAGCUGCGGCGCAAAGCGAUCGCGCUCCCGUGACAGUCAGCUGGGCCGACGUAGCCAAGGACGAAGUUAAAGGCAGCAGCGACAGCUCCAACAGCGCCACUAGUGGCCGAAGCACACCGAGCAGCUGGCAGGUGUGGACUACCAGCCCCUACUACAAGGAACUCGAACAACUCCGCGCAACCAAUGCGACCCUGGUAGAAACCACGCGCCGGCUUGCCGAAGAGCUAGCCGAGGUCAAGGAAGAACUUCAAGCACAGCAAGCCCAUCCAUGGAGAGAGCCAGCUCAGUCACCCGAGACACCUACACCUACACCCACCACACCAAGGCAUACAAUCAAUGGACACAACCCAAGACGAGCCCCAGGAGGAGAAGACCACUGAUCCAACAACCAAGAAACGAGCACGCACCGAAACAACACCCACCGUUGUCCCCGAGCAGAACUCCGACACGCUAUCGCACCAAGUCACAGAAUCAAAGGACAAAACCCAAGACGCGCCGCAGGAGGAGAAGAUCACUGACCCAACCACCAAGAAACCACUUCAUCGCGACAUAACAAGGACCUGACCCACUUGGAAACUCAGCUCGAAGCCAAAAUUGAAGUGCUCGCCAACACCCACGCCAGCACCGCUGCCGUGACCGACCAACGACUGGCACGGCUGGAGGAACUGAUCACCACGUCCUUCCGCACCAUACACGAGCGUUUCGAAUUCAUUGAACACACCCUCAAGCCCAUAGUCUACAGCCCCAUCUUUUCAGCGGAAUUGGACAAACACCCAUACCUCCAAGAACAGACGCAAGCCCCACCCUCGACACAACUAUGUCCCAACACCAAUCCACAAUAGCAUCGCUACCAGGCCUUACGGUCUGGGAGUGGAACUGUCACAGUUGCAACAACAAGAAAGCAGUGCUGCAACAACAUAUUACCACAGUAAACAAGAAACCCGACAUUAUCCUGCUACAAGAAACGGCGACGGUGACCCCCACCCUCCCUGGGUAUCGCGCUAACGUUAGCCAAGGGGAGGGACGGGGCGUCUGCACGUUCGUCCGCAAAGGGCGCACGUUCAUCGAGCACCAACUCAAACACGGCCGCAGCAGGGUGGAAUACGCCUUCACCGAAAUCAUCCCAAGCAAACAACGGAAAGGCAGCCUGUUCAUCGUAAACAUCUACAGUAACCCCAAGCACCAAACACAGAAAUUCAAGACCCUACUACACACAGCCAGCACCCAAGCCAGAGACAACACGUUGCUGAUCGGAGGGGACUUCAACGCCGCCAAUCGAGCGUGGGGUUAUGUGAAGGACACGGCCAAGGGACGGGACUUAUUACAGGAUACCCUGGACCACAAAUGUGUCCUAAUCACGGACCCCGCGCAUCCUACGCGCAUCGGCAACUCCGUAGCACGAGACACCACACCAGACCUUACGUUCAUAAAAAAUGACCACACGGGCAAAGUAACAUGGCACAACACGGGCGUCGACCUGGGCAGUGACCACUACAUCCUCGAAAUUACGAUACCCAACCAAUUACGGAGCAAUACCAUUAUACAUAAGUGGACGGACUGGGACGAAUUCCGUAAAGGGCGCCUCACCACAGCACAAAACAUCACAGAGAUCGAAACCUGGACUGCGGAACUCCGCGAUGCAGUGCGCUCAGCCACAAAGACCAUAGAAACAGACGAAGACGUCAUCAUCAUGGACAGCCGCCUGGCCCAUCUGAUAGAGGCCAAACGUUCGAUACAGGCGCGUUGGAAGCAGCACCGGCUGAAUCGCAAAUUGAGGAAGAAGGUGGCUGACUUAAAUAGGGCCAUUGAAGAACACUCUGACCUCUAAAGAAAUGAAGAAAGUUAAUUAGUAAAAUUUUCUCCCUAAAUAAUUGUAUUGUGUAUCGCACAAGUUACGAUUUCUGUCGCCGUUAUGAUGCUUUCGCAGCAAUGAAAUAUCAUUUUGUCUUAAAACCUGCAUAUUUAUUAAUUUUAGACCGAGUCAUAUCCAAGAAUCUUAGACGUAGCCCCUCAGGCGAUCUUUAUGAACUUUUUUUGUAAUCUUUCGUAUAGGCAUAGAGUCUUGCAUGUCUUCAUAAGCGCGUUUUUCACCCGCCGUGGU